AUGAUCAAUGGUGUUGAAAGUCAUCCAAAGGUCCACCAGAACCAACAGGCCAGUGAGUCUACACUGCACCAGGCAGUGGAAUUACAACAGGUUCCUUUAUACAAAGAUCACCAUUAUUCUGAGUUCUAUCCCUUGGAGGUAAUCCAGAAGGAUACCAUGAUCAAUGGUGUUGAAAGUCAUCCAAAGGUCCACCAGAACCAACAGGCCACUGUCAACAAAUACCCGGGAAACCAGCAGCAGCAGCAGCAGCCGGGGUUGCACCUUCUCCGCUGCGGCGGCUCUUCUUCCUCCUCCUCCUCCCUCCUUCCGCCGAGGGGUUUUUGCGCUCCCCUCCGGAGUCGCUGCGGCGUCGCCCCCUCAUGGAGCCGCUGCCGGCCGCGGCGACCGCCUCUGGACCGGCGGCAGGAGGAGCCGCGUUUCCGGGAGCGGAGCCCAGCUGCGCCCGAACCGGGAUCGGGGCCGAGCGCCACCGCCUCCACCGCCGCCGCCGCCGGGAGCAAAGUGGCGGAGUUGUUCAGGGCGUCGCAGCUCCCGGCCGAGACCCUGCAUCAGAGGGCUCCUGGGCAUGAGCAGAGGGCUUUUGCGCCCGAACCGGGAUCGGGGCCGAGCGCCACCGCCUCCACCGCCGCCGCCGCCGGGAGCAAAGUGGCGGAGUUGUUCAGGGCGUCGCAGCUCCCGGCCGAGACCCUGCAUCAGAUAACAGAAUUGUGUGGUGCUAAGCGUGUUGGUUAUUUUGGUCGUGCUCAGUUUUAUGCUGCUCUGAAGCUAAUAGCUGCUGCACAAUCUGGUCUCCCAGUACGAUUAGAGAGCAUUCAGAAUGAAUUGCCUUUGCCUCGAUUUAUGGCACCGAAGAGUGAUAGUGAAACAAGAUACAGUCAUCUAACAGAGGCCCCUGGAGCUAAAUUCCAAAUUCCACAUACAACUCUUGAAAAAAAUUGCUUCAGAAGAUUUGGUGAAGGAGAAAAACAGCAAGAAGCAAAGUCUCCUCCUUUGUCUCCUAUCGGUUCACCUCCAGCUUCUCCAUCCAGCUACCAGAGAAUUCCUUUGAGUUAUGGAUAUGGUAUUUUGAGAAGUGGAGUUGAGCAGCAGCAUGGAGGUGCCUAUGAAGCUAGAUUUUCAGCUCACCAACAAGAUGGACCCACAUCAGGGGCUUGUGCAUCCAAAUCAGUGCCACCUCAUUCCUCUCUUGUUCGGUCUGUUUCAGUAGAGAGAGAACCACAGGACAGCAGUAGUAAUUACCCAGAUGACCCCUGGAGGAUAACAGAGGAACAACGAGAAUAUUAUACCAACCAGUUCAAGUCCCUUCAACCUGACCUGAACGCUUUCAUUUCAGGUUCUGUGGCUAAGAACUUCUUUACAAAAUCUAAGCUGCCUAUCCCUGAGCUUUCACACAUAUGGGAGCUUAGUGAUGUAGACUGUGAUGGAGCAUUGACACUGGCAGAAUUCUGUGCUGCUUUUCACCUUGUUGUCGCUCGAAAGAACGGUUAUCUUUUGCCAGACACCUUACCAGAGACUCUACUACCUGACUGUCUGCAAGCAGCUUCCCUUAAACCUAAAAGUGAUCGUGUGAUGAAUUCUUAUUCAGAAUUGUUGUCAGUAAACCAACAAACGAGGGACUUCAGUAGAACUGAGCUUGAAACUGUCCGUGAAGAUCCAAACAAUUCAGAGCCAUUAAUUCAUUUUGAGGCAACAACUGUUGAGCCAGAGAUGCCACCUGAAGAGAUACCAGAUAAAGCUCCCCUGAAACAAGGCACAGUUAAUGAUGACAAACAAGGUCUAAAAAUCAGUGCUUCUGCACAAGCAAUAUCAAAAGAAUUUAAACUGUCCCAGCACUUGGCUGUCAAAACAGUUGUUCAGGAAUCAAAUACACUCAAAGCAAGACCAAGGUCCAGGUCUUAUUCCAGUACGUCUAUUGAAGAUGCAAUGAAAAAAGGGGGAGAGCCACCAACUCCUCCACCAAGGCCUCAGAAAUCACAUUCCAGAGCAUCCUCCUUAGAUCUAAAUAAAAUCUUCCAGCAAAACACCCAGG